AUGAUAGGCUUCAUAGUAAAUUUACUGACGCUGGUUGUCUCCAUAAUGACACUUGGUGUGUCCUUGAUGAACAACCAGCAAAAGUCUAUUGAUAUUCCCCAUAUAAAAGGUAUAGGAGGAAGCGAUAUGGCUAUGCCAUCGGAAAGCGGAUCUGAUUCAAAUGGAGGAGAAGGCGCGGAUCAACCUGGAAGUAGCCUAGUAUCUAGAAGUGGGCUAAAUCCUUUUAAAAUAUCUGCCGACCAUUUCCUAAAGGGGAAGCACUCAGAUCUACUGCCCGUGAAAGGGCCUAUUUCUGGGCUGAAGAACAGGAAUUAA